AUGUUAACUUUCCAAACUCACCAACUUCUUAUGAUCUUUAUCGCUAUCUGUAUAACCCAGUCUGUUUACACUCAACUCGUGGACAUCACAGCUACAUGUACAAUUGGAUACACUCCAAACGGAUACCACGGAAACGGAAUUUGUUUUGAGAGUGCAGAGAGAUUAUGGCAAUGUCCACAAUCAGAGUGUUCGUACGAAGGACACAAAUACGCUCCAAUGCAUGAUUGUCAACACGGAUGGCCACCUUUGACGAGUCAACAAAACUGCGCUGGUUAUAAACUUCAAAAAAAUUAUUACGAGUGUGGUACUGCUGAUGGUAAAACUUAUAAUUGUCCUAUACCUAAAGGUUCUCCUUUCAUCCGAUGUAACGGUUGUAAACCAACUUGA